UAAACUUUUUUUGAAACGAUGAAGUUUACUCUUUCCUUUGCCCUCGUUGGCAUCCUCCUUGCCGUAGGGCGGGUGGAAUCCCACGGUUACAUGAGGGAGCCCAUCGCGCGGACGUCCAUCCAACUCAGGCCGGAGUUCGGGACGAAUCAGCCCUACUGGUGGGACAAUACGGGCGUCUGGUGCUGCAAUGUGAACCAAGACAUGCAGUAUUCCACUUGUGGGAGGUGUGGCGACGCGCCCGGAGAGACGACUGCGAACCAGGGCGGGAUCUAUGACAAGGGCGUCAUCGUCAAGAAUUAUACUAGUGGAUCGAUAAUUCAAGUCAUUGGGAACUGGGAUGCCCCACAUUACGGCUCUUUUGAGGUUGAGCUUUGUCCAAAUCAGCAGGAAACCGAUAACUGCUUUACUAAGUUGCCCAUCGUCGGAGGGUCAGAAACGGUUCGGAUCGAUGACCGGAUGUGCGUCCCGCACUUCACGGGUACUGUCGAGGUCACCGCGCUGGUUUAACUCCCCCCCGGGGUGACUUGCAACAGAUGCACGCUUCGAUGGACGUAUCGAACUUCAUACCCUGGACCGGCGGAUUGGGAAAGCUGCUUAAACCGAGAGCCAGCCCAAACGUUCAGAAACUGUGCCGAUGUCGCGAUUCAUUAAGUUGGACAUGAGGAAAACGUAUAUAUUUAUUCUGAAAAAUUUUAUCAAAUUGUAACGAAUUCUUAGUAGAGGGUUGACCCAAUCAAGUGAAACAAAUUAGAAUAAAUUACUUAUA